AUAUUGUCAAUAUAGUACUUAAAAUAGGCCGGUACGGCAAGGGUUAAAUUAAAAGAAAAAAUAUAAAAAAUAAAAAUAAAAAAAUAAAUAAAAAAAAAAUAAAAAAAAAAAUAAAUAAAUAAAUAAAUAAAAAAGAGAAAAAUAAACAAAUAAGUAAAACAAUCACCAAAUCAACAAACAAUUCCAUCAACAGUAAACAACAACGACAACUACAGAUAGCCCCAAUGAACAAAACAACCAACACAAUGACGAGAAACAAACACAAAGACAACACAUGCCUAAGGACACUUAUUUAUAUAUAACCACAUGGAUAUUUGAAUUGACUUAUUUAGAUAGUUGAUAUUCAUCACGUGAAUCACAACAACAUCAAUCAAUUCAAAACAAACAUUUUCAUCAUCAUUAUUACCUGUAACUGAUGAUAAAUUUUAUCAAUUUGGUUAUAUUAAUGAAAAACGUAAAUGUCUUGGUUCAUCAGUUCCAUUUCAAUUAAAUUGUUCAAUUGAUGAUAUUGAUUUAUUAUCAAGUACAUUAUUAGAAACAUCAAUAGAAAAAUCUAUGUAAACAGAUAAUGAUGGUCUUAUUGCAUUACAAGAUUAUGAUAAUGAUGAUCUUGUUGUUGUACAUACAAAACGAAUGUUAAUUGAAGAACAAUUACGUCAAGAAAAUCGUCAAUUAUUAGAAAUAAAUCGACGUUUAGAACAACAAUUAUGUGAUUUACGUUUAACAACAGAAAAAUAUCAAAUAUCAAUGCAAGGACAAAUAAAUGCAUAUACAAAACAAGCAUCACAACAAGGAAAUCAAAUACAUGCAUUAAAAACAUCAAAUAGUUUAUUAUGUCGUUCGAAUGAAAUUUGGUGUUUAACUAUGACAAAUGUUGAAUUUAUUAUUGAUAAUUCGCCACUCUCAAAUCAUCAAUCAUUAUAUUUUAUAAUUAUUGUUAAAGAACAACAUAAAAUAAAAUUAAUUAUAAAUCAAUAUGAUUCUCUUAAUCAACGUCCUGACGUAUAG